AUGCCAGUAUGCGUAUGCGCACAUGAAUUUUCUGAUAUCUUCAUUCUUGUACAUAAAACCGCGUCUGUUUAUCAUACAUUAAUGAAGUUCCUUCUAGAUCACAACUUCCGAGUCUACAAAACAUACCUGUGUCCGAUAAUCACAGAUGCCCAUGAAUCGAUAAUCCACUCGCAUAUUGCUAGUUACAUUUUUUUGAAAUACCAAUCGCAAACAUCAGAUUUGGUGCCGAAGUACAAGUCUGCUGAAGAUGUCAAAGUCACAGUUACUUCUGGCCAUUUGGCUGAAUCUGAUGUGGAAGUUAACUAUGUGAUUAUUGGCCACGAUCUCACACAUAUUAUUGCGUUUGUUAAAUCGGACGAGUCAUUCAUAGCGCUCAUCAAGUCGCAUACGCCCUUAUAUGUACUGCGGAUUUUGGAGUCACUUGAGUUUGACAAACCAUUGAUUCUACAGCCUCUUUCAAUCACCAGUCCCGUGAUAUUUAGCUUAGUAGAUCACUUGGAGAGCUUAGUGGUCGAGGACCCGAGAGUUUUGGGGGAUAUUGAUCUUGCUUUCUCUCCAAAGGAGAAAUUAAUUGGCGAUUCCUUGAAAGAACUUAUUGUGCGGGUACCAUAUAAAGACUCAUCAAGGCUAUUAAAAGACAGAAAGCUGCCUCCAAUGCAAACUUUGGUAGACUGGCUAACAGAGCAGACGACUUUGAAUUUUUCAAACCUCUUGUUGACCAAAUUCAGCUCUAAAAUACUUAAUGUUCACCAGGAUCAUUUGACAAUAGUUGGCGUUGACUUUCCGCUGGAUAACACCAUUGCCGAACUAUUGAAAACUUUUUGCAUAACGUUCAAUUCUAAUUAA